AAAUCUGAUACAGAGCACGAGGACCUUAAAAAGGAGCUCGCAUUGCUGCCCUUUUAAGCACCAAAGCACCACGCCGCGGAGGGUCGCAAGCCACCCCGUCGAUACCAACAAAAAGACACCACAAGGGCAGCGCACACCUGCCCUUUACACAGCACCCAAGUUCCAAGCACCAGAACCAAUAUGGGCGCAGCAGGCAGCAUUCCGGCGGACGAGGCGGCUGCCAAGGAGGCCGGCAAGACCGACGACGAGAUCGCCAUCUACAAGUUCUGUACCGGCCUCGCAGAUGGUUCCGCCAAGGAGCAGUGCGCCGAGGGCUGCGAGAUGGGCCCGCCGGGCGCGCCGCCCCUCCCCAUGGACGCGAUGCUCGGCAUCUGUGGAAAAAUGGUCGUCGCGUUCCCCGACUGGAAGAGCCUCUGCCUCGGCAUCACCAAGAACGACGACGGGACGUACUCGGUGCUCACGCAGCAGGUCAUCGGCGCCAUGAAGGCCGACCUGCCCGCGAUCGAGGGCACGCCGUUCCCCGAGGUCAAGCUCGCGGAUCUCCCCGACGAGGCCAAGAUCGAGAUGACACUACCCGUGGAAGGCGGUGCGCAAAUCAAAUUUCGCGGCGCUUGUGACCAUGACUGAAUCGUGACUGCACGCCAUCGACGCGACGCCUGCUCGACGGCGCGGCGGUGCGGCUUUCGCACCCGACGCACGGGUCGACUUGCGCACAGGUGGAGGUCGGCAAGUACACGAUGGAGGGCGGCAAGGUCAAGCAGGGCCUCUACGUCGGCGAGAUCAAGGAGGACGGCGUCGAGGGCGCCGCGGCGUCGACGCCCGCGCUCCUGGAGCUGAUCAAGGGCGGCGACCUGGGCUUCGCCUGCUUCUUCAAGUUCAUGGGCAAGCCCCUGCCCGCACCGCCGGCCUUCGAUGACAUGGACGCCGACGGCGACGGCGAGCUGACCGCCGAGGAAAUUUUCGAGGCGCUCUCGAAGAAUAAUCCGGACGUGACCCUCGAGCGCGUCCAGGAGAUCGUCGCCAAGGCCGACGCCGACGGGAACGGCUCGGUAUCCAAGCAGGAGUGGGAAGAGGCGACCGCCAAGGACCCGGGCCUAGUGCCAGCAGCCUGGCUCGCCAAGGAGUAGGCGGUUUCGACGAUACCGCUACCCCCCCGCCCACGUAACUACCGAAACUAUGA